AUGCAACACACCACCACAGAAGUCUGCGAUAGGCCGCAGGCCUCCUGGUACUAUUCACGCGGAGGUCCCAGGCCUACCCGGACUGCGUCUGCUCGUCACCACUUCCACGGAAGCAACUCCUUCUUCUCUCGGCUGCCCAAUUGGAGCUUCAGAUCUUUGACGCACCGCCGCAAAAGAAGCCCAUCACUGCACGAUCCAAUAUACGCCGAUGCGCCGCACGCCUACGUUGUGGAGGAAACCUACCGAACACUGUCGCCAACUGAGCACGAGGAUGUCACUCAAGCUUCCCAGUUUGUUGCUGACGAGGGUUCUCGUCCUCUCAUUCAAGUAGAAGCUCUGCAGCACCAGCUUGCAGCCUUGCGCGAAUCCAACAGGACUCUUUCUCGCGAUAUUACUGACCAAGGCAAGCUUCCGAGUGUCCUCAAUUGGGCGCAAGAACUUUCGACUGUGCGAAAACAGUACAUGCAGCAGACUGCUGAAGUUGCCAAACUGUCUGAGCAAUAUGACGCCAUUCGAGCAUCGUCUGAUUCAGCUGCAGUGGAGCUUGCAGCAGCACGGAAACAGCUUUCCAUGGCCAAAGCCGAGGCUGGACUAGCAGCCAGCGAUCGCAUUGACCUCAUGAAAGAAAACAGUCACCUACGGCAGGAAUACACCCAGGCUAUGGCUCAUAUUGCUGCUUUGCAACAAGAUUUGGGAAAGCUACGCUCCGUGCAGAAAGAUUUUGACCAAGCUACAGCCGCCUUGGAGCGCUCUCGGCAGAUUCACGCAGUCGACAGAGAACAAAUUAUGCGUAUGGAGGAAGAACUCAAAGCGUUCUCUGAAAAUGAGAAGCAAAUCAUGCUAAUUCAGCGGGAAGCUGAGGUUGCGCGGCGUCAAAGCUCAAAGCUUCUGAAGGAGCUACACGAGGCUCAGGAGGCCAUUAAAGCGUUCCAAGAAGUCUCUGAGAGAAACUCCUGGGUCAGCAUUCACGGAGAUCGCAGCAGAACCAGGACAGCACUUGUCAUUCGUAAAAAGUGUUCAUCGGCUGGAUGGCGUGAGGCUCUUAUGUAUUGCAUUUUCAAUUUUUGUUUUAAUGUUCUGAAGCUUGAGGAGGAGAGGAGGAGGCUUCUUCCUUUUGAAACAGAAUGUGACCGGAUGAGAGCAAGGCUAGUUCUUGAAGAAAAUCGGAUCAAAGAAAUCACUGUGAGCCUGCGCCUUCGCAGCUCUUUUGUGCAGCAGUGA